AUGCCUGAGAAUUAUUCCGAAGAACAGUUCAAGAAAGAGAUCGUCUCCAACUACGUCGAUGUCAUUGGCGACAAGCUUGGAGGUAAGGUGUUGAGCUUCUCUGACGAGUACUUUGCUCCUGCCGCCAACAUGAUCAAGUCGACUCCUGUUGUGUUUGACCCAACCAAGUUUGUUCACACUGGUAAGUGGUUUGACGGCUGGGAGACCAGAAGACACAACACUGAGGAGGCUGACUGGGUUAUCUUCAAGGGAGGUGUUUCUUCUGCCAAGAUUGUUGGUUGUGAAGUUGACACUGCCAACUUUACCGGUAACGCUGCUCCUUUCAUCUCGGUGGAGGGUGUUCGUGCCGAGGACGACUCCCAGGUGGGUCCUAACUCCAAGUGGGAGGACAUCAUCUCCAAGGUGGAGUGUUUCCCAUGCCGCAAGCACUUUUUCGUUCGUCCAUGUGGUCCAACCAAGGAGAACUACACCCACUUCCGUUUGAGAAUGUACCCAGACGGUGGUAUUGCUCGUUUCCGUCUUUACGGUACAGUGAUUCCAAUCUUGCCAAAGGACCCAAAGACCGUGAUCGACCUGGCGCUGGUUCGCAAUGGUGGUGUUGCCGUCAAGGUCUCGGACCAGUGUUUCUCCAGUGCCGACAACCUUCUUUUGCCAGGCCGUGGUGAGCACAUGGGAGACGGUUGGGAAACCAAGCGUUCUCGUGGUGCUGGCCAUGUUGACUGGGCCAUGAUCAAGUUGGGUGCUCAGACUAACGUCCAGGAGGUUCUUGUGGACACUGCCCACUUCAGAGGUAACUUCCCACAGAAGGUGAACGUUAAGGGCUACAAGUCUCCACAGGGCACUGAGGCCAAGCCAGAGAGCUUGCCAGCUUUCGACUCCAGCGAAUGGGAGGUCAUUGUCAAGGACAGCAAGACUGGUCCACACGAGGAGUUCAAGUUCAAGGCCGAGAAGGCUGGCCCAUACACGCAUGUCAUGUUGACCAUGAUCCCAGACGGUGGUGUGAAGAGAUUGAGAAUCUUCGGUACCGUUGCUUAA